AUGUCCCUCCGCAUAGCGCUGGACAAUCAGCCCGAGUUCUACACAAACCUCGACCUCAUUCAGGGCCGCGUCAUCCUCGGCCUCAACCGUGCCGAACAGAUUGGCAGCAUCGUUGUCAAGCUCGAGGGUGAGUCGGCCACUGCUCUGCAGGUCCUCAAUGCCUUCGAGCCCGAAUACGGAGCCAAACCCAGUUCAGUCCAGCGAGCCCCCGGCGCUAUCGCAAGUGAGAACCACAAGAUCUUGUACAAGCUACAACAGGUCUUCCCCGACGACUACUACGCCAGUUCCUCCAACCCCUACGGCGCCUAUCCCCUUGGUCCCGGCGAGCAUGAGUUCCCUUUCAAGUUCAAAUUACCCAUAAACAAUGCUUGCAGCGACCCCAUGGCCAUGUCCCAAAUCGGGGGCGUCGCAAACGCCGGGGGCUUUGGCGGCGGCGGACUCUUCGGGUUCGGCGGCGUGAGAGUCAUGGACGGGAGCAAGCAACUUUAUCUCCGUCACGUCACUAAGACGCUGCCCCCUUCACUGACUGGGUACCCCAUGGAAGCCGAGAUUCGCUACUACCUUAAGGUCACCAUUCAACGCCCAGGCUUCCUCAAGGAGAACUGGCGCUACCAAAUCGGCCUCAAGUUUUUGCCCAUCGAACCUCCGCGUCCCAAGAAGACGCCCCAGGAGGCCUUUGCCCGUCGACCGUUCGCCUUUCAACUCCGCAGCCCACAUCCAGAGAGGAAGCGAAGUUCGUUCUUCGGUAUGAGAAACGAAGACUCAUCCAAGCCUGGUUCCACCGCGGACCCGGCCGCAGACUUCGACCCGGCCCCGUCAGUGGAGAUGUCGGCCCGGCUUCCCCACCCCACAGUCCUCACUUGUAAUCAACCCAUUCCGCUCCGGCUGAUCGCAAAGAAGAUGGCCAACAGCCCUGAGGACGUCUAUUUGGUGUCGUUUCAGAUGGAUUUGAUAGGCCAUACCGACGUCAGAGCCCAGACUCUUCACAACAAGAAGCUGAACCGCUGGGUCGUAGCCUCAAACCCCAACAUCUGCAUCCCGCUCACAUCUUCGCCGACGGAUGAAGUAGGAAGUGAACUUGUCGUUCCCGACGACGUGUGGAAGAACAUGCCCCUACCCAACACGGUGGCGCCGUCGUUCGUCACCUGCAAUCUUGCUCGCAGGUAUGAGUUGGAGGUGAAGCUUGGUGUUGCAUGGGGAAAGCCCAACAAGGGCUCCAGGCAACCUCAGGUCAUCUACCUGCCACUUCAUUUCUCCCAGAUCGACGUCUAUUCUGGAAUCACCCCUCCGGCUGAGCUUCUGAAGGCCGCCAGGUCUAACCAGCCUGGGCGCGCAACCUUUAAUAAUACACCACCCCGACUACCGCCUAGACAAUCUUUCUCAGGUGCUUCAACGUCUGGGCCACCUUCUCAGCAGCCACAUCAUGCCCCGCCGCAACAGCAACAGCAACACGCAGUUCCUCCCCAACCGCCGCACGACCCAUUGUACCCGCCCCAGCUUGCCCCUGGCCAGACUGUUCCUCCAUACGAUGACGCACCGCCCAGUUACGACGAGGCCAUGGCGGAUGAUGUGUCUGUGCCUGUUGACGGAAUGCGUCCCCGGCCGGCGUACAGUGGCGUUACGAACGAGAACGCGCCGAGUUCCAUGCCCCCAGAGAAAAGCUAA